AGACGUGUUCGUUGUCGUACGUGUCGUUCAAAAUUUAAGAGUUUAAUUCAUAAAAUAUACCGUAAUGGAAGACGCGUAGCAUUAUAGAACACCGAUACGUGUGGUUUUGGUAAAAAAUCUACGAUAUAUUACAAGAUGGAAACGGAUAAAUAUAUCGCACCCAACGGCGAUGUAUUUGUGCACCGUUUGAAAGAUUUGACUGAUGAAGAAAAGGAACGCCUUGAAUUACAAAAUUCACGAAUGAUUUCUGAAGCAAAGGCUGCCAAAUUAGAGAGGGAGGCAAAAAGGCACUGGGAUAUCUUUUAUAAGAGAAAUGAAACAAAAUUCUUUCGGGACCGGCAUUGGACAACACGCGAGUUCCAAGAGUUGAUAAAUUUCGAUCCUGAGCAACAGAUAAUAUUCCUUGAACUUGGUUGUGGCGUUGGCAACAUGGUGUUUCCGCUGUUAGAAGAAGGUUUCUCAAAUUUCUACUUUUACGCAUGUGAUUUUUCACCACGUGCUAUCGAGUUCGUCAAGUCAAACAAAUUAUACGACGACUCGAGAAUAAAGGCGUUUUGCGCAGACUUAACAACCGAUGAUUUAUUUGAUAAUAUAAAUGAAAAUACUGCAGAUAUAGCCAGUUUAAUAUUUGUACUGUCUGCUAUAAAUCCGACCAUGUGGUCUCAAGUCGCCAAAGUCGCUUUUCGAGCUUUGAAGCCGGGGGGUGUGCUGCUAUUUAGAGAUUAUGGUAGAUACGACAUGGCCCAGUUGCGUUUCAAACCUGGUCACAAGAUAGCUGACAACUAUUACAUGCGGCAAGAUGGUACAAGGACUUAUUACUAUACGGAGGAAGAAUUGGCUGAUAUUUUCUCUAAGGCUGGGUUCGAGAUACUGUCGAACACCUAUGUGCAGCGCCGCACUGUAAACUUUAAAGAAGGUGUUGAUGUUCCUCGUAUAUUUGUCCAGGGGAAAUACAAAAAACCACAUGGCAUAGGUUCUGAAUGAGCAUUGACACGGAAGUGCUGUGUGAUUUUGACAUGAUUAUCAUCUAUCUUCACAUUAAUAUGGAACUAAGACAUUGGAGCACAGCUGCUGAAAAAUUGACGAAUUUUUAUAAAUAGCACCCUAUUUCCAUUUGAUUUGCUGGCCGUAGAAAUUAACUGAGAAGGCACGUCGAGGUUCAUGUAACAGAUCAACACGUCAUAAUGAUGCAUAAGGAAUAUAAAGAAGGGACAGAUGCAAUCGAGAAUGAUGGAGCCCAGAUAAAUCAUAUAUGGUAUACCACUGCAUUGCUACAA